AUGCCCGACAGGCGAGAGUCAGACUCGGAUGUGAUUGGUCUCCGCGCGACCCUCACCAGCCUGCCUCUGAUCUACGGCAGCACCCCACCAUUUAAGAUCCGGAACCUCGAUCAAGCUAUCAUCACCGCUCUCAAGGCUUGCCACGAAGACGUCAUCGUCGGACUCGCCAUUCCCGGCAAUCCAAUUCCCGGUGGUCCACUCAUCCCCGACAAGCCGGUUCCGGAAAGAAGGUUCUCCCCCAUCCCAAAAGCACUCAGCAAUAAGAAUGGUAGGAGAUUCGUCCUAAGCUCUUCAAAGGAGUCGCACACGAGUAUCAGCUUUGGUCCCCGUCGUCGCAGAAACGCCGAAGUACCCGAGAAUCUUAGGGCAAGGCUAUCUUCAAUAUCAAAUCGCCAAUCCAAGACUCAUUGGCGGGUGUUUCGACUUUUCUUAUUCUUCGUCCCGCAACUCAAAACUCGUCCUUUGUCCCGCAUCAUUGGCUGGCGAGUCCGAUUCUGGUAG